AUGGCUGGCGCGUUUUCCGGUCUCCUUGCGUUUCUUAUUAGCAAGAUGGAUGGUGUUGGCGGACUGGAGGGUUGGAGGUGGAUCUUCAUCCUAGAGGGGAUAGCGACAGUUUUAGUCGCUACGGUAUCCUACUUCCUUAUCUGGGACGAACCCUCUACUGCCACAUUUCUUUCGGAAAGCGAGAAAGCCAUCAUCAUCGACUUAUUGGCGGACUCUCGCGCAAGCAUCAGGGCAAAUCAACUGGAGGAAAGAAGCGCUACCGACUGGAAGCAAGUUAAACUCGCACUUGUCGACUGGCAGGUGAGUGACCUGAUUCCCAGCGUGAAUGACGACUAA